AUGUCGCACAGGGCCAAGUUGGGCGAGAAGAAGGUCAAUGCUAUGCGGGAGGCGGUCGAGACAAAGAGGAGGCAGAAGGCAGCCCUUGAGGAGGAAUUGCUGGCUGCCGAGGCCGACCUCGACACGCAGGAGAAGGAGGUGGCUGCGCUCAGUGCGCAGCUGCCGGAGAUCACGACGAAGGUUGGCGGGGCUCCUGGCAAGGCAGAGCUCUGGGCCCCCACCGCAGGGGUCGAGGUCAACGCCGAGGCGCUGGGCGAGCUGCUGGCCUCCAACGGCGUCGGCGAGGAGCAGAGUGGCACUCUGGCCUAG